AACAGCUCAUCCGCACAUAACUCCCACUAACCGCCCUCGAGUCUCAUGGUUUCUCCUCCUCUCGAGCUUUGCGAUCUUGACCAAAACAUUACGACGCUGCAAGCAGGACUUUCAGCGUGCUACGGUGACGAUUCAUAUUUCGUGCCUCACAGUAUACUUGGAAAGAGAAACGCCACACCAACAGAUCCGAAAGAAGGGGUCCAACUACCGGCAACAGCCGUGAGGCGCCAACUCUAAAUCCCAAGGCACUGGGUGCGUUGGUCAAGGAAACAGAACACCUCGUUGGGAAUCAUUGCUACCAGACGCCUGGACCGCGGCCAUGGAGUACACAUAUGCCCAGCCUGGCUACGGCCAGACAUGUCAGGAAAUGCGACAGAAGCCCGCCCCCAGAGACACCUUUUUCAGUUUAAAGCAGGAAGCCAUUGAUCAGCGGCCAAUUUCAGUUGCCACUGAGUUUGUCGAUACUGAUUGGGAUGAGGAGGUUAUGAGCGACGUGGAGGACAACUCGCCGCGCAUCAGUCUGCAAUCUGCUGGCCAGCCAAGCUUCACCACGCAGUCGUCAUGGGAUGAGGUUCCUACACCAAGAUCUAGCCAGGAUGCGUACAUGGCAUCGCACAAGACGAUCGAGGGGCCUCGGGGACCACAUCUGUUCGGCAACUCCAUCGAGGAUGACUUCAACGAGCACGAUAUGAUUUUGACAAUGUCCCCAAUGACGCCAAAAGCUCCGAGUCAUGGAGCCGAUUUCUUCUACACGUCUUCCGAGAAGCCGCCUCCUUUGCGGAACAGCCCCUUCCAGUACACCAGCAAGGAACUGGACACAUCGAACCUGGUUGAAUGGACACCGGAAAUGGUGGCGCAGUCCAUGCUCAAUGCUGGCAUUGAGGUUCCAGUGGCUGAUCGCUUCAUUGAGAACGAUAUCAACGGAGCCAUCCUCAUCACCCUCAAAUUUGAGGAUCUACGCGAGCUCGACAUCUCUUCGUUUGGUAUUCGGACUCGCGUGUGGCACCAGAUCCAAGCCCUCCACGACAGUCGACCUGCAUCUCCCAGGGCCCCCACGCCUAUCGAGGACGCGCCCAGUCGUGAGGCUCGAAGGGAGCUCAGGGACCAGGACCGCACCGAGCUGUCUCGCGGUGCGAGCAGGCGGCGCGUGCGCAAGCAACCCUCGGCAAACGACAGUAUCGCUCCUGGCGAGUCUGUCUCUAUCAUCGGGAUUGAGCAGGUUAUUCCCAAGCCUCAUGUCUGUUCCAAGGGCGAGAACUGCUCCAAGUUCCGGAAGCAGGCACGCCUGAUUGAGCGAUUCCAGAAGAUGAACCCAAACGUCGACGUCCAUGCUGCCGCUGGUACUGUCAUGAUCGCAGGCGACGCAGGAAACCCCGAGACAGCCCAGGCCAUUGACCCCGAUGAGUUCCUUCGCCCAAUGUCGGAUGCUGUCCCUUCUGUCGUCGCGUCGUCCGAUGUCAUGGGCACCCACGGCAUGGCACCUCUGCAGUAUCUGCACGAGGCUACCUUGCGCAGCGUGCAGGAGCGUGACCCCCAGGACAAUGUGCGACACUUUUUGCAUUUCCAAAAGGCUGACGCCAAUGAGGUGCCCCCUACGCCCCCUUACGAGAUGGGCAACAACGGCGCACCUCACCACGGCCUUCGGCGGCUACCAAAGUUGACGAUCCCCGGCACGAACACAUCGCAGUCCCCUAACCGCCCUCAACCACCGCGAGCCGCGACGGUCUCUCCACCUACGCAGCAGCAGCACCAACGUUCGCCUCAGCAGCAGCAGCAGCGCUACAGCCACCAGUCACCUCUCUCCCAGUCCAUCCACCAGUCUCCCGAGGAGGAGCAGUUCCAGCCCUACUCCAUGGACAAGGCUGACCCGCGUUCCCCUGAUCUGGAGACAUCUCGCAACCCCUACCGAUUCGGCACUCCUUUCUCAGAGAUGGACGUUCCCGUCACUGCUGUUGCUCUGGGCCCAGUCGCACGUGAUGCUUCGCAGUCGGUACCUCCCGACAUGAACUAUCACCACUCGAUGAAUAUGAGCAACCCUGUUCCCCGUACUCAGUCACGCUCUUCGCGCAGGCCCUCCUUCCCCGUCAUGCCUGCGCUUGACGAGAACAGGCCCGUCCGUGCUAUCUCAAAGACACCCUCGCCUCAGGCCCCAUCACCACCCAGACAGUCCAUGCGGCCGCAACUGCGGCCGCCUCUGCAAGCACCCCCGCGGGUUAACUACCCCUGGUCUCCUGUCGAGCGUCCCAGCUUUGAGAAGGCCAUCCCUCCCUCAUCUGCGUUCCAGACUGGUGACGCCUCUUCGGUGUCGACCGCCUCCUCCAACGGUGUCUCAUACCAAGGACCCAUGAAGAAGCGCAAGACCAAGCUCCUGCGCCACGAGUGGCAGGACGGAUACUUCUCCAUCAAGGGGACCCGUCUCAACAUGCACAAGGACGCGCAGCACAUUGACCGCACCCUCGAGUAUGUGGACAUUGAUGACUACGCCAUUGCUUGCUCCAGCGUAGCAUCCACAUCCAAGCUGUCGGCUGCCUUCAAGAGGGUCAACAUCUCCCACAACCGCGAGAAGAGCGACCCUGGCGCGUUCCAGUUCCAGCUCAUCCCACAAGACAAGAACAGCGCUCGCCUUCGCAAGCGUGACAGUACCUUGCCGUCGCAGAUCCCUGUCGAGGGCGUCAACGGCACGGGGAAGACGCACCACUUCGCCGUGAAGAACCGCGACGAGCGCAUCGACUGGAUGCGAGAGCUCAUGCUCGCUAAGGCCCUCAAGCAAAAGGGCGAGGGUUUCGAGGUCAGCGUCAACGGCAGCAUGAUUUAGAGCCUCGUUCCCUUCACGCCUCCCACAAUACCAACAGCAAAUAACAACCCAAGAUCAGCUUUCGCGAGAAAACAACCAUCACCUCACUCAACUCUCUCUCUCUCUCUCUCUCAUUUAUACCUGGGACAUACUCACCGGCGCUUGCUUCAGUUAAUGGCUUUUUACGACACUCCUUGGCAGGGCUAGGACUUGGUCUGCGUACGGUCUCAUUUACAUCUCCUUCUCACCAGCAUAGCGAGUCGGGCUCGCGCCCUCGACUACGGUUUGAUACCAUUUUGACAUGAAGAGGAUUAUGCGAUUUUGCGGACAUGGGAAACUAUCAUUAUCACACGAAUUGACAUUUGCUUAUUUUCUCUGAACACUUUGCCUUGCU